GUGAUUGAAGUUUACGACUUGACUAAAGUGAAGUUAAAGUACUGUGGUGUUCAUUUUAACUCUCAAGCUAUUCCUCCUACCAUUGAACAAAUUGAUCAGUCUUUUGGAGCCACUCAUCCAGGAGUUUACAACUCUGCCGAACAACUUUUCCAUCUCAACUUCAGGGGCCUGUCCUUUUCCUUUCAGUUGGACUCAUGGACUGAAACUCCAAAGUAUGAGCCAAACUUCGCCCACGGCUUAGCCUCCCUUCAGAUCCCCCACGGUGCAACUGUGAAGCGCAUGUACAUCUACAGCGGCAACAGUCUACAGGAUACGAAGGCACCUAUGAUGCCACUCAGCUGUUUCCUCGGAAAUGUGUAUGCAGAAUACGUUGAUGUCCUCCGAGAUGCAGCUGGACCCUCAGGUUUACGACUGCGAUUACUCACUGCAGGUUGCGGUCCCGGUGUGUUAGCCGAUGCCAAAAUACGGGUAUCUGAGCGUUGUGUGUAUUUCGGUGAUUCGUGCCAAGAUGUUCUGAGCACUUUGGGGUCCCCUCACAAGGUUUUCUACAAAUCAGAAGAUAAGAUGAAAAUCCAUUCACCUUCACCUCACAAACAAGUCCCUUCGAAGUGCAACGAUUUUUUCUUCAACUACUUCACACUUGGAGUGGAUAUCCUUUUUGAUGCAAAUACGCAUAGAGUAAAGAAAUUUGUUUUGCAUACCAAUUAUCCUGGUCAUUAUAACUUUAACAUUUAUCACCGUUGUGAAUUCAAGAUCCCACUCGUUAUUAAACGAGAAAGCACCGAGUCACAGACGGAAACCUGCACAACGUACAGCAAGUGGGAUAAUAUUCAAGAGCUUCUUGGACAUCCUGUGGAAAAACCUGUAGUUCUUCACAGGUCGUCCUCUCCGAACAACACAAAUCCAUUUGGGUCAACCUUUUGUUUCGGAUUACAACGGAUGAUCUUUGAGGUGAUGCAGAAUAACCACAUUGCGUCCGUCACGCUCUACGGCCCGGCCCGGCCCACCAUCCAGACCAAGAUCUUGGACCUCCCCCAGUGAGCAAUACCCAUUGAACCUAAUGCUACACAAUUCGCUCAGCGUGCCUUGAGUUGCUGCCCGCUUAUCAUACGGAAAAGCACGAAACGAUGGAGAAUGUGUGUGAGUGUGCGUGUUUAUGGGAGAGAGAGAGAGAGAGAAAGAGAGAACAAGAAAGCUUGGCCCUCGCCAUCUGUGGAUGGCACAAGCUGAAAAUCCUCUGAAGCUGAACCUUGCAGGACUUGGAGACAGUGGCAGAGGCAACACACACACACACACAACUAGCUGGCACUACCAUUAAUCCUCUUUUCUUGCUUAGCCCUUGGAAGAUACAGUAUAAAUGCAAAGAGUUUGGCUUUUAAGAGCUGGACAGGGGAGAUGAGCUUUUAAAAAGAGCUCAGCAAGGAACUGCAUAUUUUAGAAGCACAAUUGUCUUAUCCUUGGGCAUCUGAAAGCAGGUCUCUCUCUAUAUAUAUACAUAUUUUUCCCCUUUCUUUCUCAUCUGUGUUUGCGUCCCACGUUUUGAGAGUCGCGUUUCUGUGUUUUAUUUUGCUUCUGGAAGGGAAAAAAAAGGAAUAAGACAAGCAUAUAGAUGGAUAAAGACUCACACAGAGCUCAUGUAUAGGUGUAUAUAUAAAAUUAAGUACAUGAGUUUUUCGGUAGCUUGGGAUAUCGCCCCCCUCCCAGGCUCAACAUGUCCAUAAUUUCAGACAUCCGAUGUUGGAGACAAAGGAGCAAAGCAACCUAAAGACUCGGUGGUCAUAUAUAUGUACAUAUAUAUAUAUAUAUUUGCACUACAUACACUUUAAUUACUUGAUAAGACCUUUUGAAUUUUACUGAGUGCUGGGUGUGAGUGGAGGCUGGGGUAAGUGGGGUUUUUUUGUUUUUGUUUUGCCACACCUAAAACAGUGGAGGGGAAAAUCCGAUGCAAUUUUUCUGCACUAACGUUUACUUGAUGCAAUGAAACAAUUUUGUCUCCUGCCACAUUCGGUGAACUAAAACCCCAGUUUCUUCCGGGAUUGGAGGGGAGGAGGAACAAAAACUCGAGUUAGAUGAUUCCUACGAAUCAUGAUGCUUUUAGGAAGAGUUUGGAUAUGUCGUUGUUUUUUUCCUCCCUUUUAAUGCAAAACAGAUAACUAAUGUGCAUUCUCAGAGGAAUGAUGUAGCUAUCUUAAAUGUCCGCAGUGUGACAUGGAUCUGAUUUAGGACGUCUUGAAAUCCCUCUUCCUUGUCCCGUAAACGAGGUUAGCGGGGAAAUUGGGAUGGCUUGAAACAGGUUCCUUUUUUUUCUCACAUAUAUCCUGCUGAGAUGAAACGGAAAACAUGUCGCCUUAAGGGAUUUUCCCCGAGAACUUUUCGAAGAGCACCAAUUCCGGAGGAGAAAUUUCUGAGUUGUCUUACUUGGAGCACAAGCAGAAUGAGGACUGCCUCUCUUUUAUUUUUUAAUUUAAUGCCAAAAUUUUAGCCAAAGAGAUCCUUAAUCUAGUUUCAACAUUUCUACAUGUGUAUAGAUAGAAGUAGAUAGGAAUAGAGAUAUGUGUUGGGCAGGUCCACCUCCUCCGUCUGUAGCAGGGAAAAAAUAAUAAUUCAGUGACUUCUAGUUAAAGAAAAGUUAUUUAAAAGCUUGUUAUUUCAAGAAGAUUUUAAGGGACGCAUGUGAUUCUUUUGCUGCUUUUUAUCUAAAAGAAAAAAGUAAAUAAUAAAUGGUCUCGCUUUUCUUUCGAUCGUAACCCUUUUUACAAUAGCGGAGAGAAUUUAAAAAACAAAAAGGCUGCGUAGAGAGACGUUUAUAAUUUUAUCCCAUUUUUUAAUAUUUUGGUGUAGCAACUUGUGAUAUAAAUUAUAGAUGAUUUUUGUGAGUUUUAAAACUGUGUGUAAAUACAGAUUUUUUUGUAAAUACAAAAAAAAAACAUUUUGUAAUUUUAAUUCUGUGUACAGCUAACGCACGUGUAUAAAUUUAUUCGCAAAUGAGGAAUAGGGAAUUUCAGAGUGUUAAAAAGUUAAUGAAUCCUGGACCGGUAGCAGGAUCAAUGUUGUGUGAGUUUGCUGUAAAUUUGUGUGUGUGUGUGUGCGCGUGUGUUUGUGUCCCUCCUUUUUUUUGUCAUUCGGUCCUCUAUACACUGUUGGACUAAUAAAUAAAUAAAUGAAUCAAGGAAGCCCCAUUGGGCUAACGGGAAGAAAUGGUUUAGGAUGUACCUUUAUUCUUAAAUGUUUCUGCAAAUCCUGUUUUUUUCCUUGGACAGUUGCUUGCUGAGACAUUUCCUUUUCUUUUAGUAUCCCAUGAAUUUGUGUUCUCCUGUAAAUUCUCUGAAAUGCGUUAACAUCUAGCAUGUACCUUAACAGGACAAAUAAACAAGACUCAGUUGCUUGGUUUAGCUACGGUGGCUGAGUAUAUAUAUAUGUA